GGCCGAUGUUCCAACUAUUGUGGUCCCUAUAAAAUAUGAACGAAAUAGACUGAACGCAAGACAGUCGAAAGAGCGCAGACAUGUUCUUCAUCAGGUGUUUGGUCACUUUCUGCGUGGUUCUAGUGAAUGUCGGUUCUAUCCACGCAACGCCGCUGCCGAACAGCGUCCAAGCAACCUCGCCGACAAACGACGUCCAUGCAACGUUGACGACGAACAACGUCCAAGCAACGUCGCCGACGAACAACAUCAAUGCAACGUCGUCGACUCCGAACGACAACCAUCAACCUAUCCAAGGUCGCGCUGCCUCGGGUCCAAUGUGCAUGGACUGCAAGCGUUUACCAUCCCCUAGCGACUGUAACCACGUUAUCAAGUGUGCAGAACACGAGGUUUGUUACGUUACCCAAUUCGUUUCCGAUGGAGGGCACGUGUAUUAUGAUACGGGCUGCCAGGCUUCUACUCGAUGCCCAGUUAAUGACUGGGUUAACGACUCCGUGGUCAUUCGGCGAGCCCCUGGGGACAUCGAAACGUGCAUUGAAUGUUGUCAAGGCAACUACUGCAACCUCCAGGGAUGCAGUUCACAACCUAUACCAGAUAUCAACAUCCGUGGACCAAUGUGUUUUCAAUGUGAUGUACAGGACACACUUGACUCCUGUGAGACCGUGGUCAACUGCGGACCGAGCAACGAAUGUUUCCUGUCUACCCUAGUCAUCCCUCUUACCAACGAAGUGAAGUAUACGAGUAAAUGCAUGACCACAAUCCAAUUGCUCUCGAACACAUUGGGAGGUCAACGGAUCCACAUCCGCAACCGAAACGUCAACCACUCCAACCAAGCCGCAAACAGCACCACCCACCACCACCCGUUUGUACGUGCCAACCACAACGGGGGCGACCACCACCAACACCACCACCAAUUCGAACGUGUCAACCACAACGGGGGCGACCACAACCAACACCACCACCAAUUUGAACGUGUAAACCACAACGGGCGCGACCACAACAAACACCACCACCAAUUUGAACAUUUCAACCACAAUGGAGGCGACCACAACCACCAUCACCACCACCAUCGCCCAUACAACAACCCUCCGAUUGGCUCAAGUGACGUAAAGUUGCCAUGGCAUCAGGCCCACAUCAGGCCCAGGACACCUGCAAACAAGAUGGAGGAAGUCUCGUUGUGUUCCACGACAAAGACCCGGGUAAAGAAGACUUCGGAAAAUGGCUACAGUCCUUAACCAUUUAUCGUUAUUGGGUGGGGGCCACGGACGAGGGCAGUAAAGGCAAUUGGACCUGGGUGGACGGCGUGGCAAUUAGGGCGGAAUACUUCGGGCCGGGCGAGCCAAACAAUUACGGAUGGUCAAACGGACAACAUGAAGACGAGCAUUGCGCGGAGGCUUACUUUGACGGGCAUCGCAUGUUUUUGUACGACGAUAUAUGCGAAACUGUGUCGAAUUUCGUUUGCGAAAUAAAGCUAUGAGCAUC